CACUUCCUUUCUAAAUCGCACGUUGAACAGAAAAGAUGGCGUCGAAGGUUUCGCGUGAUACGCUGUAUGAGGGCGUCAAUGGACUCCUGGAGGCUUCGGCGAAGAAGAAGCGCGGCUUCCUCGAGACGGUGGAACUGCAGAUCGGCCUGAAGAACUACGAUCCCCAGAAGGACAAGCGUUUCUCCGGCACCGUCAAGUACGUUGGCUAAGUCACCUGCGCACGUGCUUGGAUAGAAGCUCCCAUGGGAGUUGAGUUCAUCACGUCAUCAGGUAGUCGAGGACAUGUGGCUGUCACAUCUCGACGGACCUGCACUCAGGGUCUUUAAAAUUUGAGUAGGUCUCCAGCAAUGGACACCGAACCCCCAUUUUCUUAAUAACUAUGAAAACGUGCUCCUCUGAGAGCCUUGUUGAAGCACAUUCCUCGUCCCAAGAUGAAGGUGUGCAUCCUUGGCGAUCAGCAGCAUUGCGACGAAGCCAAGGCCAACAACGUCGACUUCAUGGAUGCCGAGGCUCUGAAGAAGCUGAACAAGAACAAGAAGCUGGUGAAGAAGCUGGCCAAGUCCUAUGAUGCCUUCCUGGCCUCUGAGUCGCUGAUCAAGCAGAUUCCUCGUUUGCUUGGCCCUGGCUUGAACAAGGCCGGCAAGUUCCCUGCCCUGCUGUCGCAUCAGGAGUCUAUGAUUGGCAAGAUCGAGGAGGUUAAGUCGACCAUCAAGUUCCAGAUGAAGAAGGUGCUCUGCCUGUCCGUCGCCGUCGGCCACGUUGGCAUGAAGUCCGACGAGCUGGCCCAAAACGUCAACUUGUCGAUCAACUUCUUGGUGUCGCUGUUGAAGAAGAACUGGCAGAAUGUGCGCUCCCUGCACGUCAAGUCCUCCAUGGGACCGCCCCAGCGUCUUUACUAGAUGCGCAUACUUCAUUUUUCUUACAUCUUGAAAUAAAUAAGAUCCUACAUUUUUGUAAUGU